AUGCUCAAAUGCGGAAACGUCCUAAAAUCACGGGUGCAAGCACGUCCAGUGUUUGACGCGCUCAACCAGUUAGGGUCUACUCCAUGGCGAAUUAAUGAACCUAUGCUUGAUGUGCUUUGUCAGGUGUUCGAAAUGUCAUCCGAUGUAACUAAAGCCGAAUUGCUUGAUACUUUGGCUGUACCCCUCCGAUCAGACACUGUUGAGGUUCCUGAAUAUCGAUGUAUUGAUAGAAGAGGUCGCGGGAGUCAAGCAGAGGAAGCGGAGGCCAUCAGAGAGGAACGAACUCAAUUCCCUAUGGUGUUGGAUGAAGUAUCGCAUAGUAUUGGCACGACAUUUUCGCGGCCAGACACUCUUCUUUCACAACUGGACUUCGAGUGGACGGGUCUAUCCUAUAUCACCGCAAAGGAUGGUGGCUUGCAGUCCGAAGAGCCUUGGCAGACGUUGGCGGCUUGUAUGGAGAUACGUGAUGCGCUCGCCUUUCCAGGAAGGACUGAGGAUUUUGUGAGCACUUACGCAGCGCUAGGGCGUGAUGAAGAAGGAGGAAGAGAGGUUAAUUUGCUCAAAAGCGAAUUGCCUAAUGAUGUCUACUCAUCAGUAGCACAAAGAGUCGAGCAAAAGAGGCUUGAGGACGAGAAAGGUGGCCCAAACAUGGAAAUCGCCUUACGACUGAGGAAGUUCAUGCCGCAACCUGUUCCGCGGAAGGUUAUUAAACAAACGGUUAUGACAACUGUCUAUGGAGUGACUUUGUAUGGUGCUGCACUUCAGAUAAAACGGCAGUUGAAAGCUCUCGAUAUAGAUAAUGAAGAGACUGCUAAAUUUGCACAGUAUUUGACCCACAAAACCUUCGCCAGCUUGCACGAUGCAUUUACUUGUUCAAUGAGUAAGGUUGGCGCUUUUCCACCAAACUUGGUGCAUUCGCUGGACUCUUGUCAUAUGAUGCUAACAUCUCUUGAAUGCUCGCGAAGAGGUGUGACGUUUGCGGCAGUGCACGAUUGUUUCUGGACUCAUGCCAGUACGGUGGACGAAAUGGGCAAACUUUGUCGUGAGCAGUUCAUCAGGUUACACAGCGAGCCGAUAGUUCAACAGUGCUCAGAUUGGUUUCAUUCGCACUAUCUUACCGGACCACACAUUGAAUUGAUGCCACCGCAAGAUCUUGCUCACUUUAGAAAACUGUUCACUUGUCAAGUUGAAGCAGGUGAUUUGGAUAUCAAUCAAGUUAAGGAUUCGGUAUAUUUUUUC